CGCCGCGUGACGUGCGCUGCCUGGGAAGCCCUAACGAGAUCAAAGCGGGCGCGGGUGCGGGCAGGCACCGGGCGGAUCCGCAGGGAGGGGGGAGCCGAGAGGGGCGGGGGCGGCGGCGGCGGCAGCAGCAGCAGCGUCCCGCCCGUGGGAUAAAGCCCUCUGCGGGCGGCGCUGGGAGGGCAGAGCGAGGGGGCGGGAGUCGGCAGCGAGAGCCGGCUCGAAAACUGUUGGUGGCUUCUCCCUCCCCCCUUCUGCUUUUUCCCCCUGUUUAAUUUUUUUGCCUCCUCCCUCUGCGCCCCCCUGCGCGGAGCGGGCGGCAGGGCCGGGGGGCAUGAGGGGCCGCCGCGCCCCGGCGGCGGCGAGGAGGAGCGCGCGGCGUGGCCGCCCGGUGCCCGUGGUGCGCAUGGUGUAGCUGAGCGAGGAGCGCGGGGCGGCGGGUGCGGCCGCUGCCGCUGCAUGUGUCGGGAGCGGGGAGCCGGGGGCCCCGGCGGCGGCGGCAGCAGCGAGCACCCGGCGGCGGCGCGGUUCUGAGCGCCCGGCGGCGGCGCCCGCCCGCCAUGGAUUGCAGUCUGCUCCGGACCCUCGUGAGCCGCUACUGUGCUGGAGAAGAGAAUUGGGUGGACAGUCGGACUAUUUAUGUUGGGCACCAUGAACCACCUCCAGGCACUGAAGCAUACAUUCCACAGAGAUAUCCAGAUAACCGAAUAGUCUCAUCAAAGUACACAUUUUGGAACUUUAUACCGAAAAAUUUGUUUGAGCAGUUCAGAAGAAUAGCUAAUUUUUAUUUUCUCAUCAUUUUUCUUGUUCAGUUAAUUAUUGAUACACCUACUAGUCCAGUUACAAGUGGACUUCCACUUUUAUUUGUCAUCACUGUAACAGCUAUCAAACAGGGUUAUGAAGAUUGGCUUCGACAUAAAGCUGACAAUGCAAUGAACCAAUGCCCUGUUCAUUUCAUUCAACAUGGUAAACUGGUUAGAAAGCAAAGCCGAAAGUUAAGAGUUGGAGACAUUGUGAUGGUAAAAGAAGAUGAAACAUUUCCAUGUGACUUAAUACUUCUAUCAAGUAGUAGAGGGGAUGGAACCUGUUUUGUUACAACAGCUAGUUUGGAUGGUGAAUCCAGUCAUAAAACUUACUAUGCUGUUCAAGAUACAAAGGCAUUUCACAAUGAGCGAGAAAUUGAUGCACUACAUGCUACCAUUGAAUGCGAACAACCUCAGCCUGACCUUUAUAAAUUUGUUGGUCGAAUAAAUGUUUACCAUGAUAGGAAUGAGCCUACUGCAAGGCCAUUAGGAUCUGAAAAUCUGCUUCUUAGAGGAGCCACUUUAAAGAACACAGAAAAAAUCUUUGGUGUUGCUAUAUACACUGGCAUGGAAACUAAGAUGGCCCUAAAUUACCAGGCAAAAUCACAGAAACGAUCUGCUGUAGAAAAAUCAAUGAAUGUAUUCCUUAUUGUAUACCUCUGUAUUCUAAUCAGUAAAGCACUAAUAAAUACUGUCCUGAAGUAUGUCUGGCAGAGUGAGCCAUUUCGUGAUGAGCCAUGGUAUAAUCAGAAAACAGAGUCAGAAAGGAAGAGAAAUCUGUUUCUUCGAGCAUUUACAGACUUCCUUGCAUUCAUGGUUCUUUUCAACUACAUUAUUCCUGUAUCCAUGUAUGUCACUGUGGAAAUGCAGAAAUUUCUUGGUUCUUAUUUCCUUACAUGGGAUGAAGAAAUGUUUGAUGAGGAUACAGGGGAAGGACCACUGGUAAAUACUUCUGACCUCAAUGAGGAGUUGGGACAGGUUGAGUAUGUCUUCACAGAUAAAACAGGAACAUUAACUGAGAACAACAUGGAAUUCAUAGAAUGCUGCAUUGAAGGUCAUGUUUAUGUACCACAUGUAAUUUGCAAUGGCCAAAUUCUCCAUGAUUGUACGGGCAUUGAUAUGAUUGAUUCUUCUCCAGGAGGAAGUGGAAAAGAGAGAGAGGAACUGUUUUUCCGAGCCCUUUGUCUUUGCCACACUGUUCAGGUAAAAGAUGAUGACAAUGUAGAUGGAUUAAAGAAAAACCAGCUCUCAAGAAAGCCUUGUGUAUAUAUAUCGUCAUCACCUGAUGAAGUUGCUUUAGUUGAGGGAAUACAAAGGCUUGGUUACACCUAUCUAAGGCUGAAAGACAAUUUUAUGGAAAUCUUAAAUCGGGAAAAUGACAUAGAGAGGUUUGAAUUAUUAGAGGUUUUGAGUUUUGAUUCUGUGAGACGGCGAAUGAGUGUAAUUGUUAAAUCCUCAACAGGUGAUAUAUUUCUGUUCUGUAAGGGAGCAGAUUCUUCCAUAUUUCCUAGAGUUAAAGAAGGCAAAAUUGACCAGAUACGAUCCAGAGUUGAACGCAAUGCAGUGGAGGGACUGCGAACACUGUGUGUUGCAUAUAAAAAGCUCACAGAGAAAGAGUAUUACAGUGCACAUAAGCUGCUUCAGAAUGCAAAGUUGGCCCUUCAGGACCGGGAAAAGAAAUUGGCAGAAGCAUAUGAGAAGAUAGAAAGAGAUUUUAUUUUACUUGGUGCUACAGCUGUUGAAGAUCGACUACAAGAAAAAGCUGCUGACACUAUUGAAGCACUUCAGAAAGCCGGAAUUAAUGUUUGGGUUCUAACAGGCGACAAAAUGGAGACUGCUGCAGCUACCUGCUAUGCUUGCAAACUCUUCCGGAGAAAUACGCAAAUACUUGAGCUAACCACAAAGAAAAUUGAGGAACAGAGUUUACACGAUGUGCUUUUUGACCUAAGCAAAACUGUGCUAAGACACAAUGGCAGCUUAACCAGGGAUAGUUUCUCAGGACUUUCAACUGAUAUGCAAGAUUAUGGUUUAAUAAUUGAUGGAGCAGCAUUAUCAUUAAUAAUGAAACCACGACAAGAUGGGAGCUCUGGUAACUACAGAGAGCUCUUUCUUGAAAUUUGCAGGAACUGCAGUGCGGUGUUAUGCUGCCGAAUGGCACCUCUGCAAAAAGCACAGAUUGUAAAAUUGAUUAAGUUAUCAAAGGAGCAUCCUAUCACAUUAGCAAUUGGUGAUGGAGCAAAUGAUGUCAGUAUGAUUCUAGAAGCACAUGUUGGUAUAGGAAUCAUUGGCAAAGAAGGUCGUCAAGCGGCGAGAAACAGUGACUAUGCAAUAGCUAAAUUUAAACAUUUGAAAAAAAUGUUGCUUGUUCAUGGGCAUUUUUAUUAUGUUAGGAUAUCUGAACUUGUGCAAUACUUCUUUUAUAAGAAUGUCUGCUUCAUUUUCCCUCAGUUUUUAUAUCAGUUCUUUUGUGGGUUUUCACAACAGCCUUUAUAUGAUACUGCGUAUCUAACACUGUACAAUAUCAGCUUCACUUCCCUUCCUAUACUCUUGUACAGUCUAAUGGAACAACAUGUCAGUGCAGACACACUCAAGAGAGAGCCUUCUCUAUACAGAGAUGUUGCCAAGAAUGCUUUGUUGCGCUGGCGUGCAUUUAUUUAUUGGACAUUCCUAGGAGUGUUUGAUGCUGUGGUAUUUUUCUUUGGUGCCUACUUCUUGUUUGAAAACACAAUUGUAACCAGCAACGGACAGAUGUUUGGAAACUGGACCUUUGGAACACUGGUGUUUACUGUGCUUGUAUUCACAGUUACACUGAAGCUUGCACUAGAUACACAAUAUUGGACAUGGAUAAAUCACUUCAUGAUCUGGGGAUCACUGCUAUUCUACAUUAUCUUUUCUCUGCUCUGGGGAGGAAUUAUUUGGCCUUUUCUCAAUUAUCAGAGGAUGUAUUAUGUGUUCAUGCAAAUGCUGUCUAGUGGUCCUGCGUGGCUGGGUAUCAUUCUACUCAUAACUGUCAGCCUUCUUCCAGAUGUUCUUAAGAAGGUUUUAUGCAGACAGUUGUGGCCUACAGCAACAGAAAGAAUCCAGAAUGCAUCAAGGCACUGUCAGGACCACAUCUCAGAAUUCACACCUCUUGCCUGUCUGAAAAGCCCAAGAUACAGGAGCAGUGACUGCAGCAAUUCCCCAGCAAGAAGGUCUAAUUCUCAUUCUAAAAAAAUGAUGUUUACGCACUGGAGAGGCAUUGAUUAUUCAGUACUUCCAUCUGUCUUUGGCUAUUCAAAUAAGCGUUGUUGUUCCAGUGCAGGCUACCGCUACAGUGGGUCGGGUUUGGAAACAUCCGUAUGACAGAACACCAAUUCAAGCCUUUAAAAACUGGUUUUGUUUAUUUCUUUUUUGCAAAAACAGGAAACAGACAUGUCACAGAAAUAUAUUAAACUCUACUUGGCUUUUGCUGUCUGAAGUAGUGUUCAGACAAACAGGAUUAAGAGCUAUAAGUAUGAAACCUUCCAGGCCAAUUGGCCUCUUCUAUGUUUCAAACUACUGGAGCAAUGAACAAUCUGCACAGUCUGGUACUGUGAGACUGAUAGCACUAAAAAUUUUUCAUUCUGUGUCAAGACUUUUGUGCAUUUAUUGCUUGUCAUCUUUAGUCAUUUUCUUUGUUACUUGAAGUGUAUAGUUUCAGUCAGUGACCUACAUUUUGAGAUUAACAGUUUUAAUUUUCAGCCAGAAGCAAUGACCUCAGUUAUCUCCAAUGAAAGUCUCCUAAAGUAUAUUUAACAAGUGCGGUUUCUGAUUUUGCUCUGUCCUUUUUCUUUUUUUGCUUUUUCUGUAGAACAAACUGGUGUCUCCUCUGUGCAAAUCUGCUUUCAAGAAACACUCUCUAACAUUCACUUCCUUGUAAGUGGCCAAAUCAGGGCUAUGUAUGGUUUUGAGUUAGUUUUCCCCUGUAGAAAGAUAGGCAAAAUAAUUCUUGUGUAGCAUAUGCACUAUAUGAAGUCAAGCUGGCUGUUAAAUAGGUAAAUAUAUAUUAUCAGUGUUGGUAUCUACUCAAAAACUGAAUGUAAGCAUUUUGCCUAAAAUGUCUUUGUGAAUUUGUCAAAGAUAAAAAUUAGCCAGUGCUCCCACUUGUUACCUAUCUCAGUGAUUUUAAAGUAUGCAUACAUAGUAAAAAAGCAAGCGUGUUUUUUUUCAAAGCCUUUUCUAAAAAAAAGAAAAAAAAGGAAAAAAGGCUAUUUUUCCUACCUAGAUAUGAGUCUUUUACUAUCUGGAUUUCAUCCUUUUAAUUUUGAUUUUUUUUUUUAUUGUGUGAUUAAAUAUGGGCUAGUUGGCUCAGCAGAGGUUAUUACAAAGAAGUACACAACUGUUAACUUUUGCAAUGGAACCACUAGGUGGCAUACGGCUGUUCGCUAAUGAACCAUAGUUCUGACAGAAAUUAGUUUGACAAGGAUUGUUUGAAUUAUUUUAAGUAUGACAGCCAACUUGAACGUCUGUUAUCUCUGCUGCAUUUAUGUUACCUUGCACUAACUUUACUGUUAGCUCUAUCCUUGUCUUGUUUCUUUACUCCAGUGUUUUAUUUUGGGGUGCAAAAAUAUCUGAAGGAUGAAUCUGAUUCCAAUCAAUUUCAGUAAACCUGGUGCUUAUAACUGGUAAAUAACCAUAAUCAUUAAAUAAUUCUGGGAGGCCAUUAGCUAAAAAUUUAUUUCUAUAUGAAAACAAAAUAUCUGGAAUCAGAGCUACAGCCUUUAUUGGAAGACUUGACCAAGAUAUUGUUAAUUGUCUUUUUAAUGGAGUAGGACGGAGGGAAAAUGAUUUCCCUUUUUGUGUUUUUUUUUAAAAAGGUAGAAGCAAAAUAAUUUACUUUACUUUUUAAUAAAAGAAAAAUCAACUUACCGGGAAAUGUUCCUUGCAAUAUUCCUAGCGAAUUUCCUAUUAAAAAACAGUGAAAUAUUAUCAAUAUGCCCUGAAACAAACAGACAUACUGUAAAGUGAGUUGUGAAAUCUUUAUUAUACCAAAGAUAAAGGAUAAAUUUUAAAACAUCCAACAGUGAGCACCACAAAUGCAUUCAUUGUCCUUUAAAAUGGUAUGAAGGUAUUUUUACCAUUUAAUAUGUAGCACUUUUCAGUUUCAAAGAAUGUCAUCAUAGCAGUCACAAUCUGAAAUACAUAAAUAUGUAUAUGGGUGUGGGUGUGUAUAUAUGUAUUUGCCAUUGCAUACUUGAAUGUUGGUCAGUUAGAACCGUCCCCUACAUAAAACACUGGUGUAUAUAUUUUUAAAAAAAUUAAUAUGGGUAUAAAUUUUAUACCAGUAGCAGUGACAAAUUUCUUGUGUGUAGUUAACAAAUUAUUUGUAAUGUAUUUUUUAGAAAUCUUAAAAUUGCCUUUGCACUGAAAUAUUUUCAUACUGUAGCUAUUUAUAAAUCUGUUUUACGCAUACAUUUGUUAACACACCAUUUCUAUUUUUUUUUUUAAGUUUUGAAGGCUUUUUUUAUACUUUUGAGUUUUGGCCACCUAAACUUAGCUUACAGUGGAAUUGUGGCUGAAUGUUAAAAUUUUGAUGAAUGUUAAGUUAGAAAUAUAGGUCUAUUGCUCUGUCAGUCUCGCCCAAACUAUUCAUGUUUUAUUGUUGUUUGUGACAGCAGUGAUUAGAGUGGUAUACUUUCUGUGCUAUACUGCUUUUUAUUCUACAAAGCCUCCUGCUUUUUUACUUUAUUCUGAUUUCCAACUUUUAGCCUUAAAUAACAAAAUUCUUGCUUGAUGUUUUUGUAAAUGCUGCAUUCCUGUUCUGCCUACUAACAAAGCAGUUCAUUGCAAAGUUCUUGUGACCCAACACUUAGAAAUUAUUGAAAAUAUUAUUCAGGCUGAAACACCUAUAUAAGUGCUUGGGGAAUUUUAGUUAAACGUGUCAUUCUGUGGAAGGGGAAGGAUGAUAGAAUUUAAGUGGAAGUUUCUGCUUUGAUUUAGCAAUACUUUUACCUUUAAAAGUUGGUAGUUUGCUUGUUAAAAUAGACCAUUUAAAGGAAAAGGCAUGUAACAGCUCAGUUUCAAUUGAUGCAUCUUUGCUUCAGUCCUUGUUACUAUUGCCAUGCAAACCUAGUCCACGGCAGCAGGUGUUGGAGUUUCAUUGUAAAUGGAUCAGACAAUAUGAAGAUGAAAAAGAAGAAGUUAGAUCAAAAUGAAUUAGAAAGUUUUAUUAGGGAUGGGACACUAAAAGGAGACAGGUUUUUAUAUAAUAAAAGAAAAAUUAAAGGGGAAAAGUAGAAAAAUUUAUAUAUCUUCCUAACUUGCCUUGUUUAAAUUGUUGCAGCUUUAACAGCAUAAUGUCUCCAUAACUGCUUCUAUAAAUGUCUUGAAACUGGUAAGCACUAACCAAAUGUAUGUGAAGACUUAGAAAGUAUUUCAAGCUUUUCAGCCACUGAAGCGUAUGUAUUGCUGCAGUGGCUUGUGGCAAAAGACUUAAAUCUUUUUUGUUUCAUGAUGUACAAUAAUUAAUAUUGUUUGUUCAGCCACAUAAUAUAAAAGCUUACAGUUUACUUUCUUGCUUGCAUUAGCCUGUUUGUCUUGAUCCAGCUGGCUUGCAAAUAUAAAAGGAAAAAAUAGCUUAAUUAAGCAACUGCACUACUUUUCUUUUGGAAGCCAGUGGGAUCACUGUGCUCAUGCUACUGUCUCUGUUAAAAAAAAGCUUUAAUGGUAAUUUGCGAAAGUAUUAUGGAAGUGAAAAAGUAUGUGAUCCUACUUUGCAGAAUAAUCUAAAAAUCAGUUUAUAUAGCUUUAAUUUUUUUUUACCUUAUGAAAAUACACAGAAUUUUAAUAUGCGUUGUCUCUGACACAAAUUCUGUGGUAUGUAUACAAUGCAUUUUAAAUGUCCUUCCAUGAUCUAAUGUAAAGUAGAAUCUGCAGAAGUGCUUUUGGGGGGUUGGGGGUAGUUAUCUGUGCAUUAAACAUUAAAGAUGUCUGUAGUCAUCAGCACCAAAUACUGACAUUUAUUUUUAAUUGAACAAUUAUAGGUGCAUUUAUUUGAAAAUAAAUCAGACUUCGAAUCUCAUGUUUAGAUUAUCAUAUACCACUUCAUUUAUUUGAUUGAAGAGUCAGUGUGUGAAUACGUUACUGUAAAGUUUCUUUUCAGUGCUAUUUUUAACUUUCAUUUCUGUAGAUAACCAUAUAUAACUUGUUUAUAUUCAGUCACAUUUUGGAUCUUUAUGUAGAAUAUAUAAGCAGGAGACAUGAAUCUGCUUGCAAUAAAUUUAAAAAUUCAAGACUGGUUUAAGUUUGUUCAUGGGUAAUUAAACUAAUUUAAGUAUGAAUAUGAGAUGAUUUCUUAUUAACCUGUAAUAAAAUACAAGUAGAUAACAGAAAAUUAAA